UUUCAAGGAUCAAGCGAGCUAGGGUUUCUCUCAUUUUUCUCUCUAGUAUUACAUGUUAUUUAUUGAAUAAUUUUCAUGAAUAGUCGAUCGAUUCAUGUAAUUUCAAUAUGCAAUUUAUAUAGCAUGACGCGUGAUACGCACGAGUGUAAUGUGAUUUCUCAUUACAUGCGAUACCAAUUGAAAUAUAUUAUUCCGCAUUAUGGCAGAAACAACUAAUAAUGAUAAUAAUAUGUCGAAUAUUGAUAAUAACAUAAUGAAAAAUAUGUUAGAUGAUGAGCUUCCCGAUAAUUUACCGGAGAUUGUGUCUAUCAAAACAGAAGACAGUAUUUUUCGAGAGAUAUCAGAACAUAUUAAACAUACUACAAAAUCAAACAAUUCGCAAAUAGGUAGAAUACAAGAAAAUAAUGUAGAAGAACUUAAUGCCAAAGAAGAUGGGGAAAUUGAUGACAAAAAAGCUCACAAAGCAAAAUUACAAAAGCAGGUUGAAACUGGAGAAAUUACUCCAUUUGAAGCAGUAUCUGAGCAAUCAAUUUUAGAUCAAAAAGAAAGAAGUACCAAUAAAGAAUCUCAAUUGCUAGAUCUUCAAAAGUAUUUCAAACAGCAAGCUAUUCUUGCGGAGCAAAAGAAAAAAUUAAAGAAAAUAUCUAAGAUUCCUUGUGACAAAGAUUAUCCAGAGCCAACCAAGAAAGCAAAAUUAUCCAAUCUUGAUACAAAAACAAAUAAAAGAUAUCAAAAAUCUAAAUCUGAUGAGAAUAAUAAAGAUAAUACUCUGCAAACAAUAGAUGAGGCAACUUGUUCAAAUAUGCAAACAAAUGAAACUAUAAAUAAUAGUUCGGAUAGCGAAUACAUUCCUAGUGAUAACGAUUCGGAUGCAGAAGAUAAGAUAUCAUGUGUAUCUAAAAAGAAAAAAACUUUGGCUAAAUCAGGAUAUGUACGCACAAAAAGAACUCGAGAUGACGGAGAUAAUCAAAUAUUUAAACAAAGGAUGGAAACAAAAUGUUACCCCAAAGAUGAAGCAAUGCAUAAAAUUAAUGAUCAUUUUAAAGUGCCGCAAUGUAUUUGGGAAAAAUUGUACAGAUAUCAAAGGGUUGCAGUUCAAUGGCUUUGGGAAUUACACAGUCGUAAAUUGGGCGGUCUAAUGGGUGACGAAAUGGGAUUAGGAAAAACUGUGCAAGUUAUCGCAUUUCUCGCUGGUUUAGAUUGUAGUGAAUUACUCUCUCACAAUGGAAGAUAUAGAGGAUUAGGUCCGACUAUAGUUGUUUGCCCUGCUACUUUAAUGGAGCAGUGGGUGAAGCAUUUUCAUGAUUGGUGGCCUUUCUUCAGAGUCGUUGUACUUCAUCAUUCUGGGGGUUACAAUGGUGAUCCAGAAAGUCUGAUAGAAUCCUUGCAAACCGGCGGAAUACUCGUUACUUCUUACAACGGAAUUCUUAAGCAUAAAGAUUUGCUCGUAUCCAGUCAAUGGCAUUAUGUUAUUCUUGAUGAAGGUCACAAGAUUCGUAACCCCCAAGCAAAGGUGAGCCGUGCAGUGAAACAAUUCUCGACACCGCAUCGAUUGUUGUUGAGCGGUAGUCCGAUGCAAAAUUCGCUAAAGGAAUUGUGGUCAUUGUUCGAUUUUAUUUUACCUGGCAAAUUGGGUACUCUGCCUGUAUUUUUGGAACAUUGCGCGACUCCCAUAACACGUGGCGGUUACGCAAACGCUACUUCAUUACAGGAAGCUACGGCUCUUCAAGUAGCCACUAUGUUGAAAGACACCAUCACGCCGUACAUGCUUCGAAGGACGAAAAACGACGUGAAGCAUCAUCUCACUUUGCCAGAGAAAAAUGAGCAGGUCUUAUUCUGCAGCUUAACAGACGAACAGAAAAAGCUGUAUAAAAAAUAUCUAUGUUCGGAAGAUGUAACCUUUAUUUUACAUGAGAAAAAUAAUCAUGACACUGGAAGAUAUAGAGCAAGAUUUCUCAUUGCACUGUCAGCGUUGAGAAAAAUAUGUAAUCACCCAGAUUUGUUCCUAUACACUAGGGAAUUUGAUUCGGAUGAAGAUAUAACUUUGUCUGAAGAACAGUUAGAGAAAUUUGGUUACUGGAAACGCGCUGGAAAAAUGAAUGUGGUUCGAUCUCUUUUAAAAAUUUGGCAUAAACAACAACACAGAGUAUUACUUUUCACUCAGGGAAGGCAGAUGAUGCACAUUUUGGAAAGUCUAUUGCAACGCGAAGGAUAUACUUAUUUAAGAAUGGAUGGAACAACAGCAAUGUCCCAACGACAGCAAACAAUUCACACAUUUAAUAAUCGCCCGUCAUAUUUCGUAUUCCUGUUGACUACGCGAGUAGGAGGUCUGGGAGUAAAUCUGAUCGGUGCAGAUCGAGUAAUCAUUUAUGAUCCAGAUUGGAAUCCAGCUACAGAUGCUCAAGCAAGGGAACGCGCAUGGAGAAUAGGCCAAAAUAAACAAGUCACUGUUUACAGAUUAAUUACUGCUGGUACAAUUGAGGAAAAGAUGUAUCAUAGGCAGAUCUUUAAAUUAUUACUUUCGAACAAAGUUCUCGAUGAUCCACGCCAACGUCGAUUGUUCAAAACAACAGAUUUGGUAGAGUUAUUUAAUCUAAACGAACCAAUAGAUGGCAAAUCUUCUGAAUCUGACCAUCUAUUUAGAGAAUCCAAAUUAACGCCUGCAUCUAGUGGCUUUUCUCUCAGUAAGAUCGAGGAGAUGAAAAAAUUAGCUUCAGCUAUCAGCAAGAAAAUAAGUGCAAAUGUAAAAUCAACAUGCAAAAAUAACAGUGCAAAUAAUAGUACUUGUGAAGGAAAACAACAGGAUGAACAAAAUAAUAAUUCAAGAUGUACCGAGAUUCCUAUUACGAAAAACGAUGUAUCUGUGGAUCAAACAUUAUCUUCUAAUCCAAUUAGUAUAUCAAAAUAUAAUGAAGAUUCGAAUACAAAUUCAGAUGCGGAUAUCGAAAGGAAUAGUAAUGUAGAAAAUAAGAAUACAUUCAACAAGAGUAAUCAGCAAACUAUAAUUACAGUAAGCUCUAUCAGUGAUAAUUCCACGGAAGAGAAGAAUAAAUCUAUUUUAAAUGAUGAUAAAAUUACUUCACAUAAUACAUCGUCUAUUUAUAAACAUAAAAAGCAUAAAAGAGAUUCACAUUCGGGCAAGAGAAAUAUUUCCGCAAUGUUUGAGGGAGAACGUGUUUCUUGUCUGAUAGGUCGCCGAUUAGGAUAUUUUAAUGAAAAGGAAGAAUCUAUUUCGACGACUACAGACGAUGAUUAUGUAUUGAGAAAAUUAUUCACCAAAUCAACUGUCAGCUCCGCCUUUCAACAUGAAGCAGUAUUGUCGAAUGCGUAUCGUAACAGCGAUAGCGAGAACACGUUGCAACGUUUCGCGCGUGAAUCGGCGCAAGAAAGUAUGAGUUUCGUACGUCAAUCUGGAAAAUUUUGCUGGAGGCCGGCAUAGAAUAAUUUAUAAAAUAUCAACUCUGUGUAUUUAUUUUCUUUUUCUAGUUUAAUUUUUUACACAUAUAUGCAAUUUUUACAUUUCUUAUAGGAAAAAAAACUGCGAAAAAAUCGUGAAU